CUGUGAACAUCAUCUUCUCUCCAUGCUCGCGGGCAGAGAGAGAAUCUAAUCUUUGGUCCUCAACAAAAAGAGCAAAGCGACGGUCCUUUCCCUCCGGUUCCUCGUUUUUGUAGUAUUCCGCCAUUCAAUUCUCCGCCUUCCCGAGGGGCUACCAUAACUCACUCAGAAACAACAAAAGAGAAGACAUACUCCUGCGGGAAGAAGCGUGCACGCCGAACGUCGUCACCAAGGCAUGGGGGACGCCGCCUCCAACCAUCCCGUUCUUGCGCAGUCGAGCUCCGACGCCGGCCGCGGCGCCGCGACCGGUGGGUUCAUCUCCCUCGACGUGGCCGCCCUCUCGUCGCUCGCCGGCGACGGCCCGGAAACGACGCCGGCAGCGCCGCCGGCCUCGACCCCGAGGACACCUAGGGUGGUGAGGUCGCUCUCGCGGAAGGGGUCAGAAAGGAAGCAGGCCGACGGCGACGCCGCCACUGGCACCAUAGGAGGCGGGGUAGGGACGGGCGAGAGGCCGCCGCUGUCCCCGCUCUUGGUCCAUGUGGCGGCCGCCGACGAGAUGCUGAACGGGCACCGGCUGGUGAACACGCCGGGGGGCGCCGGCACGCCGGGAGGGAAGUCCAGGCGGCUGGGGCGGCGUCCGGCGCCGUGGCUGGAUCCCCGAAGGGUCGUCUUCCUCUUCGCCACGCUGUCCAGCGUGGGGACCUUGAUUCUGCUCUACUUCACCCUUUCCAUGAACAAGAUGGACAGCGCCGGAAGCGGCACGGGAGCCGACAGCGAUGCACGGUGAAACACCAGCCUCAUAGCGCAAAGAGAUUUUCGCGUGUUCAUCGCAGGGCCGGGUUUUCAACGUGUGAUCUGUAGAGAUUGUGACGGGGACUGAUAUUUACCAGAAUUCGGGUGAAAAUCGUGUGGUGAUAUGAGAAGGCACAGCAGAAUACAUAGCAGACGGUAGAGAAAAGAUUAGGCCGGUUGAGGUCCUGAUGGAGAAGUUUGUGAUGGCAGUCCUCCCUUUCUAUUCUGGUUUCUUCUGUUAUUCCCCCCUUUUUUCUGUUCUCAUUGCUCAAAAGAAAGAAUACAAGUAGCUUUGGUGCGAC